CAGCCUACUUCCUCUUCCUGUGUGGACCUGUCUCCAGGUGCCCGUGUCAAGUUUUGUCACUUUGAAGGCGUUACCCACUGGACAAAUCAACCUGCCUCUGAUUGGCUACUUUUCAAGAAAUCCAGCAGGACAAAAAUGGCUUCCCCCAGCCCUCUAUCCAAGGCCAACACCACCUUCUGUCUGGAUUUGCUCAGGAAGCUGAAUGAGGACAACAACACUGCAAAUAUCUUCUUCUCUCCUUUCAGCAUCUCUGCAGCUCUUUCUAUGGUAAUGAUGGGAGCCAGAGGCAAAACAGCCUCUCAGAUAACAACGUCCAUUUGUCUUGUUUUUGCACAGUGCUUGAAAACCCAAUCUUGUCAGGAUGAUGUCCACACUCUGUUUGCCAAACUGCUCAAUAAGCUCAACCAGCCAGAAGCUCCAUUUGCUCUCAGUGUUGCCAACAGACUGUAUGGAGAGCAGUCCUAUGGCUUUCUGCAGGAGUUUUUAACCAAAACAAGGGCUUAUUAUAACUCGGAGCUGGAGUCUGUGGACUUCAGAACCAGCUGUGAGAAAGUCAGAGUCAAGAUCAACAGCUGGGUAGAGGAGCAGACACAAGGUAAAAUCAAGGGUAUGGUGUCUGAGGGUGCAUUGGACAACAUGACCAAGAUGGUCCUGGUGAAUGCCAUCUACUUCAAAGGCACUUGGAAUGAUCCAUUUAACAAAUUUGAAACUUAUGAAGAUCAGUUCAGUCUCAACAAGAAUAAAAAGAAAACUGUACAGAUGAUGCAAAAAGAAGCAUUAUUUUCAAUUGCCUUCAUUCCUGAAGCCGACUGUCAGAUCCUGGAGAUGCCUUACAAAGGGAAGGAGCUGAGCAUGCUGAUCUUUUUACCUAAACAGAUAGAAGACAAAACGACAGGUCUGGAGAAGCUAGGAAGAGUUCUCACUUAUGAGAAAUUCAUGGAGUGGACUCAUCCAGACAAGAUGGAACACCGUGAGGUCGAUGUGAAGCUGCCUCGAUUCAAAGUGGAGGAGAGUUAUGACCUGAACAAAGUCCUGAGCAGCAUGGGCAUGGUGGAUGUUUUCGAUGAGACAAAGUGCGAUUUCUCUGGCAUGUCUGCCAACAACAAGCUGUUUUUAUCCAAAAUCACCCAUAAGGCCUUUGUGGAAGUGAACGAGGAGGGAACUGAAGCUGCUGCUUCCACUGGUUGCUGUUCUAGUUGUUCAGGAAUUUUAAAGUUUACUGCUGAUCAUCCCUUCCUCUUCUUCAUUCGACAUAACCCGUCCAUGAGUAUUCUCUUUGCUGGAAGCUUCUGCUCCCCCGAGUGAGCUACAUGUCCAUCU